GACGGGGGCAAUGUCAGAUAUAUUCGAAAACGAGACAGAAAACAGUCUACGAAAACUCGUACUUCACUCUACCGGUUUAGAAUUGCACCAAGAAGAAGGUCUGCCAACAAAAAUCUGCCACAAAUGCCGCUACGUGGUUGAGCUUAGCUGCGACUUCCGUAACAUGGUCACUAAGGCACAUUCACUGCUUACAGAGAGCAAUAAAAGUGAAAUUGAUGAGGCACUACAAGACUCCCAAAUUCAUGAAACAGGAGACCAUGCUAUUGAACAUACCAAAAAUGGUAAAACGUCAAUUGUUUGGAAUAAUAAUGUUAACAAUAAAAACAAUGUGAUUGAACAACAUCAUGGAAAUAAAUUUAAAAUAGACAUGGAAAAUGAAAAGGCUAUUUGUCCAGAUACUACAGAAAGAGUAAGAAAAGUGCCUCCUAAGCACUUAACUUGUCAAAUCUGUUUAACCUCAUUCGAGACUACAGAGGAUGUUAAACUUCAUGUCGAAGAGCACUAUGCAGAUUCAUACUUAACUCCUUAUUGGAAGCUGGAGCGUCCUUUCGAGUGCGAGGAGUGCAAAAAGGGCCCAAUGAGCAAGACAGAGGUGGUGAAACACCACAGGCGACAUCUUGACGUCAAUCCUUACGUCUGCCGACAUCCUGGGUGCAAUUUUAUUGGGAAGGAUCAGGCGUCGUUUCGCCACCACGCCGUGAAACACGGCGCGCGGUCGCAAGUGUGCGAGGUGUGCGGCGCCGCGUUCCGGCGGCGCUGGGAGCUGCGGCAGCACCAGGCGCGCGCGCACCUGGCCGCGCCGCGCCGCUGCCGCGUGUGCCGCCGCGCCUUCCGGAACCACCUCACGUACAACGCACAUGCGCUAACGCAUGUCCGGCCUCCACAGUACAAAUGUGAGUGGACGGGCUGCCCUAAGGCGUACCGGUCGCGCACAGCACUAGCAGCGCACGCGCGUGCGCAUGCCGGCGAGCGCGUCUUCAAGUGCGGCCUCUGCGUCGCCGCUUAUACCUCGCAGUCGCUGCUUAACAGACACCUGCGCAUGCACGACCGCGCGCGCAAGUCGAAGUGCGACAAGUGCGCAGCGACCUUCGACGAUUACGGCGCCUUCUACAGACACCGGGUCGCGGAACACGGCCCGUGGCAGCCCUACCGAUGCGCGGGGUGCAACCAGGGAUACCAAAGCGAAUCAAAGCUAAACAAGCACAUGCAGCUGUGUGAGCUGGCAAUACGCAUUCAAGCCAGCACGGAAGACAAGACUAAAGGGUUACCCUCUCCAAAUGAUACAAAGACUGAAGAGUUGCCUAAAGAGAACAAAACCGAGGCUGAACAGUUUCAUAUGUCAUCUAUGCAGGAAAUAAUCGGAAGUGACAAGAAGAUUCUGCAAGUGAACACAGAACUACCGCAGGGACAGUCGCUGUUAGUGCAGCCGGGGAACGUUAACGAUCUUAACAAGGAUUGUUUAGUAUUACAAGAACUGCCACCCGAAGGGCUGUUGUACAUUGAAGUAGAUCCAGACAGCGAAGACGAAACCAUGGAUCAAUCUUGGCAAUAACUCGUUCAACCGCUCUUCAGAAAAAAAGAGUAAAGCAUGUGGGCCAAGCUCCUAGAUUUGUUAAAACUUUCCAAUAAUGUCAGUACGGAGUGAUAAAAAAACCGACCUCAAAUUAGUGGAAUUUCAUGUGUCAAGUUUAAUUAAAAUCGGUUACCGGAUCCCCUAGUUUGCCACCCUUAGAGGUGGAAUAUUUUCUUCAAAUUUAAAUGGAACCAAUACUAAGGUAAUCUCUUUCCAAUAAAUCGGUUCGACAACCUCCUCAUUUUUUUGAAGUCGCUUAAAAAAUAUUGUUACCUUUAUUGACGCCGCGUUGCUGUGUACAACUGACAAACAAUGGGUUAGUGUUAUUUAGCAAAUUGUCAUUUAUUGUUAUGAAAGAGAAACUUGAAACUGGACAUUGCUUUGAAGAAAUAAAUCAUGACCUUCAUGUAUGUAUCUUCAUGUGAUAUUAACUAGGGAGGAAUGCAUAUGUAGUGGUACUAUUUGUGUGUUUACAGAAGAAUUUACAAUUCAAUUCAUUUCCAAUAGAAUUCACUUACAUAAUGCAGUUCCUGUUAUAGCUCUCGCUAAUAUCACUAUUGUCUUUUACCAUUCAACUAUAAACUUAUAAAUAUUUCAUUUUGAAGA